CAGGAUCAAUGUUCUUUAAAAGCUCUAACCAGGCCCCAAACCAACACUCCCUACAGAAAUGUGGAAAUACUGACGAGCAGCAACCCGUGAGAAGCCGCAAGGUCGCUGGACAAGGACCACGAACCCCUCUGUAUCGGUGAUUACACCUUGGUGGUGCACAACGGCAGAAGAAAUAGCUGACGGUUAUGAAACUAAGCACGCAAGCUAAAAGCAAAUGACAGUGACAUUGGUUAUUUUGUUAAAUUGUCAAAUAUUCAAACUUGACCUGGAAACGCGCAUAUUUUAAGGUACUCCUUCAGAUGUCUUCUGGGCAUGAGCGAGGCACUAAAUGGACUAGUUUAAAAUAGUUUUCCGUGUAAAGUGUGUCUUUCAGUGGUGAAAUAUUUACCAUAGCAAAAACGGGAACAGAAUUGUCUGAAAGUGCCUAACAAGCAAAAGCACUUGGACGUUUUACACCGAUGUCGAGAAGCUUUCAGGCUUUUAGCCCGUGUUCUCCGAAUUACGCAUACAGUUACGCGUAGCAUAUCACGGAAGAUGGAAUGGAAACUGCUGAGCUCCACGCUGUUUUUUCCUGUCCAACUUAUAUUCUGCAUAGUCAAGGCGUGCGUAUGCAUGCUGCUCCCAAACAAACGGAGGGAUCUGGGGGGAGAGGUAGUCCUGAUCACCGGAGGAGGAAGAGGUAUUGGCCGUCAUCUGGCCAGGGAGUUUGCUGUCCAGGGGGCAAAGAAGGUGAUCCUGUGGGGUCGCACAGAGAAGUGUCUGAAGGAGACCAGCGAUGAGAUCUCACAGAUGGGGACCGAAUGCCACUAUUUUCUGUGUGACGUGGGCAACAGGGAGGAGGUCUACCAGCAGGCCAAGGUUGUCAGGGAGAAGGUGGGAGACGUCACUAUCCUUGUGAACAAUGCAGCAGUGGUGCAUGGGAAGAGUCUAAUGGACAGUGAUGAUGAUGCCCUUCUGAAAUCGCAAAAUAUUAACACACUGGGACAAUUCUGGACCACAAAGGCCUUUCUGCCGAGGAUGCUGGAGCUCCAGCAUGGCCACGUGGUCUGCAUCAACUCCAUUCUCUCGCUCUCCUCCAUCCCUGGGGCCAUCGACUACUGCUCCUCCAAGGCCUCUUCCUUUGCCUUCAUGGAGAGCCUGACCCUGGGUCUGCUGGACUGCCCCGGCGUUGGCUGCACCACUGUGCUGCCCUUCCACACCAGCACCGAGAUGUUCCAGGGCAUGAGGGUCCGGUUCCCCCAGCUCUUCCCACCCCUGAGGCCCGAGUACGUGGCUCUGCGGACGGUGGACGCGGUCAGAACGAACACGGCCUUCGUGUACCUGCCGUGGACCAUGCGUGCCCUCAUCGUGCUCAAAAGCUUCCUGCCACAGUAUGCCUUAGAGGAAAUCCACAAGUUCACAGGAUCCUACUCUUGCAUGAACACGUUCAAAGGACGGAUAUGAGGGAUUCCAGCAGUGACUCUGGUGGACUCUGGGAAGAGACGGGAGAGCCUUCAUCUUACUGGACUUGAACAGCAUGGGGGCAGAGCAGGACUUUGUGGUCCUAGUGUCUUCUGGGAGUGGGGAUUCUUGGAGGCCACCACGUCUCAAAAAGUGGUGCUGUUGUACAUGCCUCAUGACACCAUUGCACCUCAAAGGACUUUUUUGUAGCUAGGCAUGGGCCUGUAUGAGAUUUCAAUGGUAUGAAAACCAUGGCCAGAAAUGUAACAGUAUUGCUCUCCUCUAAAAUGUGAUAUUGUAAAAUGGUUGUACUGUAGAUGGGGAAAAAAACCUAGCCAAAAUAAAAUAAAAUAUAUUUAUUUAGAAUUAUUUAUAUACGGCGGAAAUAUCUUUGAAUACAAAGUAGUGUGCUGAAUAUGUAAUUUCUCCUAGUAAAUCUUCAUGUGUAGUCAGUUUUCAUAAAAACGUUUUAUGUCAGAACAGCGGAAAGGUUUUUAAACCACACAUUUUUGAAGACUAGAAACUAGGCCAUUUCUGUUUGUAGAGUGAGGUAACUCACUUCCCACCUUUCCUUGCAUAGUUCCUUCCACAUCACUUGAGCUUUGAGAACCUGAGGCAGUGAUGUAAUCAGGAACCUUGGGGACAUAGGAAGUGAUCCUUGGGUAAAGAGGAAGUAAUCUUCACACGGUGUGUGCUCUCUGACUGU